AGCCAAGCAAUGUUUACGAUCCGGGCCUGAGUGCUCUCAGUCCUUGGUCGCGAGUAAAAAGAGCUUGCCUGUGCGAAUUAUUUGGUUUAAUCAACCGACGCCUGGCCGGUUUUCUUUCGAACAAGGAUGUAUUCCGAAAGCAGAGAUGUAACAAAAUUGGCUUGCUGUUACAAGCGGGUGUGCGAUAUCACAGCAGACACGUUGCCGGUCAACACCAUCACUCAACCCCCAAGGCGGCGGUGGAAAUACUGGUAACCAGAACACACUUGAACGCACUUUUGAUAAACCUCCAAGACCAACGCUGGAAGCAAAGUCUUUCUUCUCACAGACAUCAUCAUCAUCAUCAGACCAAGAUCUUUCAUAAAAACAACCAAAGAACUUCUUACUCUACACACACAUUUAAAUUUUACAAUGGCCGAUACAAUGAUUGUCGAAUCCGCUACUAUAGGUCAACGCCUCGAUGCGUUCGUUGCUGAUUUGAAUGAGAUGCCAGCACUGCAGAUGUAUGCCCUGAUUGUGGCUUCGACUUUGGUCUUUUGUUGUGCCUUGUUGGGGACGGGCAGCAACGGCAGCACGUUGUUGGGAAAGGGCAGCACUAGCACUAGCAAAAGCAACAACAUCACCUCCAAAAAGACCAAAGAAGUACCCUACUCGGGCCCUAGCAAACCUGCGAAAAAGGUCUUGCCACCCGCAGCAUCCACUCCAGUCUGCUCCGAUAAAAGGACUCCAGCAACACCCAGUAGCAAGCCCGCUGUUCCUUCCAACCUAAAGGAACUUCCAAACGAAGAAAUUGCCCAACUUGUUGUCAGCAAUGUCAUUCGGGAUCACGAAUUGGAAAAACGAUUGGACCCUUUCCGAGCCGUGGAUGUGCGACGAUUGGCAUGCAACACCAAAUUGGAAGCGUUGGGAAAUGGCGGUGCCCUCGAGAAGUUGCCUUCUGAGCCUUCUUUGGAUUAUGGAAGGGUCUACGGCGCUAACUGCGAAAUUGUCGUCGGAUAUGUGCCUCUUCCUGUUGGCCUAGUCGGUCCCUUGACCCUCAAUGGAGAAUCUGUCUUUGUACCCAUGGCCACUACCGAAGGAUGUCUCGUGGCUUCUACCAACCGUGGUGCCAAGGCCAUUACCCAAGGAGGGGGCGCUGAAGCCGUCAUUGUCCGCGAUGGAAUUACCCGUGCCCCCUGUGUCCGCAUGAACUCCGCCGUAGAAGCAGCCAAAUUGAAGGUCUGGUGCGAGAAACCCGAAAACUUUGCCAAACUCAAGGCUGCCUUUGAAUCCACAACUUCGUUUGGAAAGUUGCGAGCGUGCAAUCCUACCGUCGCAGGAAAGAAUGUUUAUCUUCGACUCGUUUGUUUCUCGGGAGAUGCCAUGGGAAUGAACAUGGUUUCCAAGGGAUCCCUGGCCGCCAUUGAGCUGCUGCAAAAGGAAUUUCCCUCGCUCAAGCUCGUCGCUUUGAGUGGUAACAUGUGUACUGACAAAAAGGCCGCUGCUACCAACUGGUUGGAAGGACGAGGAAAGAGUGUCGUUGUAGAAGCCAUCAUCCCCAAGGAAGUUGUACAAAAAACGCUGAAAACCACCGUCAGGGCUAUUGUCGCAACCAACCUCAACAAGAAUCUCAUUGGAUCUGCAAUGGCCGCCACUAUUGGAGGAUUCAAUGCUCACGCUUCCAACAUGGUCUCUGCCGUGUUCUUGGCCACUGGACAAGACCCUGCCCAAAACGUGGAAUCCAGCAACUGCAUCACGUUGAUGGAGGAAGAGGAAAGCACUGGUGAUCUCUGGAUCAGUUGUACCAUGCCUUCCAUUGAAGUCGGCACUGUCGGAGGAGGAACAUCCCUGCCUGCUCAAGCCGCAUGCCUGGAAGCCAUUGGAUGCCGAGGAGGUGGAGCUAGUCCCGGUGAGAAUGCUCAAAAGCUGGCGACUGUUGUCGCCGCUACCGUCAUGGCCGGGGAAUUGAGUCUUUUGGCCGCAUUGGCAGCCAACACUUUGGUGGCGGCUCACAUGCAACACAACCGCAAGCCUGCGGCCAAGAAAUAAACAAACAACACUAGCUAAAACAACGCAACAAUAGCGGAACACAAGUACAGUCAGAGUGCUGCCCCUGUUGGAUCAACCAAGAGCAAAAGGAAAUGCAUUGUAUCAAUGGUCGAUUCCUCAACUGGGUUGUACGUGUAUAAUCACGGAGCUACAAUGAUGCAGCCAGCAGAAUAACUUUUAAUUGCAUAUUACGUAUGUUU